UCUAAAAUUGCUAACAUUUUUUGUUGAAUUUCUCAGUAAUUUAAAAAAUAUUCCGCUUUAGUGAUGUUGGCUGUAAUUAGUUAGCACACAAAAUAGUCAAAGUGAACUGGGUACUGUCAUUAGUGUCGCCAACUGAAGAGAUCUAUAUUAUAACAAUCACCUCUGUUCCUGUACGUACAGUACAGUACGUAACGAGUCCGUCGUCAUUUUAAAAUUUUGUUGAAAUUAAAUAUUUGAUUGUCCAUAUUAUAUUUAUCGAUAAAGAUGUUGCAUGCAAGCACGUCUAAAGACGAUGGUCAAAUCUCAAAGGCAAAAAGAUCAAAAACCGAAGAUAAUUGCCCUUGCUCUGGCAAAUGUCUGACCAGUCGCUGUGUUUGCGUCAAAGCAAAACGUGACUGUGGCUCUACAUGUAAAUGUAAAUCUAAGUGCAAAAAUGUCUUCGGCCAUCUGGAAUAUUUCUUCGGAGCAGAUACGACGUGCGACAUAAAUCCUUGCUUUGAACAAUGGCUUAUGAAAAAUGCUAAAAAUGGUGUCGAAACCAUCGACAGAAACGCGCUGCGUGACCAGAUCACAAGUUCUGCGAACUUUGCUGAUUCGGCUUUGGCUGAAGAGUGGAAGGAUGACGAUGCUGAGGAAGAUGACAUUUCUAAGACGCAAGAACUGUUCCGAAUCGUUUUCUCCCGAUCAUCCGAUCUUUACUACUCAUUUUGUGACAACGAAUUAUUAGAGGACGAUAGCUACUGGCACUGUGACAUUUGUAAGACGUGUAACAAGUGGCGGUUUUGGCAUUGCGAUAAAUGCAACAAAUGUACUUACGGUCAAAGCCUACCGUGCGAACGAUGCGGUCGAUCAUCUGCAGAAUCCUCUGAUGAGUCUGAAUCGCCAUUCUUUCCCUUCUUUUAAAUGAACAUGCGUGUUUGUUGUAGCGCUCGCAGCGGCGCUUUUUACUGUUGUUGCCUUGAAAUGUCUUACCUACGAGAUCAAAUCGUAAUUCUUCAAACAUGUGUAUAUUACGGCUAGAUGUCCGUUUUUAACCUUUGUGAAAAAAUAAAUAUUUUUGAAA